AUGAGUACGAAAAAACGUAAGUACCUUGAUAAUUACAUCAAGUACGGAUUCGUGCCCCUUCAAAAGGGUGACACAGAGCUCUCCCAGUGCGUGAUAUGCUUCAAGACUCUGAGCAAUGAUGGGAUGCGGCCCACGCGCUUGGAACGCCAUCUGAUUACAACCCAUCCUGAAUUUGCCAACAAACCCAAGGCGUUUUUUGAGGCGAGAAAGGAGUCCUUGAAGCGAGCUAAGAUCGACAGCAGUGGAGUAUUUCGGCAGCAGACUUCAAAUAUUGUUGAGGCGUCCUACGAGAUUGCUCUGUUGAUACCAAAGAACAAGAAAAGCCAUACAGUCGGAGAGACCCUCAUAAGGCCGAGUCUGCUGAAGGCGGCAGAGCUCGUCCAGGGGAAGGAUAGUGCGAACAAGCUCUCUUAUAUCUCUUUAUCAAACGACGCCGUCAAAGGAAGGAUCGAUAAUAUGUCUCAAGACAUCAAAGCAACAGAUGUCUUUGAAGUGGUAUUGAACUUCUUUGAUGAAAAUCGACCAUUGUGGGACUCGCUGGUAAGGGUUUGUACAGAGGGAGCUCCGCCCAUGCUUGGUUCGCGAUCGGGUUUCGUAAAUAAGGUGAAAAAAAAGAGUCCCUCUGUUGUUGUUACGCACUGCGUCAUUCAUCGAGAAGCCUUAGCAUCCAAGACUCUACCUGCUGAAAUGAGGGAUGUCAUGAACCUGGCCAUCAAGGUAGUAAACUUCAUCAAAACUGGAGCCUUAAACAGUCGCCUGUUCAAAAAGCUGUGUAAGGACAUGGACUCUGACCAUCAAGCCUUGCUUUUCCACACAAAUGUGCGAUGGCUUUCGAAGGGAAGCAUGCUCGGGCGGCCUUAUGAACUGCGAGAAGAAGUGGGAGCAUUUCUAGAGUUGCAGCGGAAGGCAGAUCUCUAUGAAAAGUUUCAGUCCGAAGGAUUUCAGCUGUCUCUAGCUUACCUUGUGGACAUCUUUGAAGUGCGAAAUGCCAUCAACCAGAAACUGCAAGGGAAGAACAUAAACAUCAUACCGCAAUACGACACCAUUCCAGCCUUCAUGGCUAAAAUCGACCACUGGAAAAGCCGAAUGGAGGAUGGAAACACAGCCUGUUUCGCAAAUUUGGAUUCCGCUGUCUCUAUUGGUCAGCUCGAUUCCGAGUUAAGAAAACAAGUCAUCGCUCAUCUGACUGAGCUCAAAGCGAAAUUCAUCCGCUACUUUCCGGAUUUGGACGAAAAGCGCAAGGCCUGGAAAUUUAUCAGGAACCCAUUCCAAUGUGAGGUAGCUGAUGUUUCGGAUGGAGUCCAGGAGGAGAUGCUUGAGCUGAAGUUCAACUCCUCAGCUGAGGACGACUUCGAAACUCUGGAUCUGGAGGUGUUCUGA